GCCUUCCCCUUUCCUCCACUCGCUCUCGCUAAUCACUUCCUCCUUCCACUAUCUAAAUUCUAAUUCCCCCUUCCUCCUUCAUAAAACCAAUCAAACCUGCCACCAGGAGGGACUGGAAUUUUCAGGGCCUUCGGAUACUGAUGCGAGGAAUUGGAAGUGUGGGACUAGUGGCGAUAGGAAUGGGAAUGGUGGGAGAGGACUAUGUGGGGAAGAUGGGGUUAGGGUUUGGCUCAACGGUUUAGGGUUAGGUCGGUAUGCUCCAGUUUUUGAAAUUCACGAGGUGGACGAUGAGGUUUUGCCAAUGUUGACACUCGAGGAUCUCAAGGAUAUGGGAAUAAGUGCAGUUGGGUCGCGGAGAAAAAUGUACUGUGCAAUUCAGAAGUUAGGGAAGGGAUUUUCAUGACUUUUGGUCUGAAUGUAUCAAAAAUUUCAGCCAUGGCAAUAGCAUGUCCAUGUUGAAUGGGGAUAAUGAAUAAUCCAUUUUGCGAAGGAAUGCCUGGGGGCAAGGUAGUCUCCAUUUUCCCAGAGAGAUGAAGAAGUUGAGCCAUCCAUCUAUGUUUUAAUAUGAAGACAUGCAGUAGAUUCAUGCCAGUUUCUGCUGUGCUGAAGAUUGAAAGUCAAGCCCCUUUGGGAAGAGUUACAUUACCCAAAUUCAGUUUGAUGGAGUAACUAGCUGUGUUUGGUUGAGGCCUCUUUUAAAUUUCUUUCAGUAUUUGAUAUGUAAACGCUCGUCACUGGGAAGAAGAAAACAGGACAACUGUUGCCCCAUUUCUGUAGCUGUAGCUGUAACUGUAAGAUGGAUUUCAUUGGUGCGCUUCCUCCUGCUGCUCAAAUAUUAGCAGAGUGUUCACCAGAGAGGGAAUCCGCACCAUCGAAUCUCAUUCUCCUCAAAUUAACCCGUCCCCUAAUUCUGCACUUUCUUGAGAGUCAGUCAAUAGGUGGUUUGUUUCAACCUUA